AAGAGCACCAAUGGUUUGGAAGCUGCGAGACCUUUUCGCUGUUGAUUCGUUGUCCAUUGUGGAUUGAUUUCCAUAACCAAUCACCUCUGAAGAGAGACUACUUUGGCCCAAUUGUAGGGUAUGGAGCAAUUUCAAGUGGUUGAUGGCCAGCAGGCUGUCAAUGCCACAAACCAGAACCUUGUUCUACAGUCAGUGCCCGUCUCCCUGGGCUCUGCUGGUGCACAGUUACAACAACAGGUCAUACAGCUAUCCGGCAUGACAGGACAAGGAAAUCAACUCCUAUCUGGAGUGAAUGGACAGCAAAUUAUGAUUCAGGGGCUUCCCCAGGGACAGACAAUUCAGCUACAGAAUGGCCAACAGCUCCAGCUAAUUUCUGCCGGACAAGGCCAACAGACUCUCAUCCAGCAGCCAACAGUCGCCCAACAACCUGCUAUACAACAGACACAGCCACAGCAACAGAUUCUGAUCCAGCAACCGCAGCAGCAGGUGCAGCAGCAAACACAGCAACAACUGCAGGCAGGCCAAAUCAUCCAGACAGCCGAUGGACAGACCAUGAUCUAUCAGCCAGUCAAUGCGGCAGGUGACAGUGGCAGUGCACAACAGUCAAUACAAAUUCAAACGCCACAAGGCUUAAUCACAGUGCCAUUAAGUUCUCUAAACCAAGCGCUAGUGCAGCAAGCCCCACAGGCGACACAAGCUGCAACACAAGCUGCAACACCCCAACUGGCCCAGCAACCAGCUGCCGUGUCGUUACCAACAACAGGACAACCUGGACAGGGACAAAUGAUUAUGAUGGUUCAAGGGUCUGGUGGGGUGACAACCAUGCAGCGGAUACCCUUACCCGGUUCAACAGAAAUUCUGGAGGAGGAGCCACUGUACGUCAACGCCAAACAGUAUCAUCGGAUAUUGAAGCGGCGGCAGGCUAGAGCAAAAUUAGAAGCGGAAGGAAAAAUACCUAAGGAAAGAAAGAAAUAUCUCCACGAGUCGCGGCACCGGCAUGCAAUGAAUCGAGUGCGUGGUGAGGGCGGGCGAUUCUAUACGGACGCACAGUUAGCGGCCAUGGCCAUGUGCAAACAGGAAAAUGGAGAUAUGGCUAGUAAUAUCCCUGGAAUGGAUGUGCAUGCCCCAUUGGAGUCGCAGAUGGAUAAUAAUGGUUUAAGUCAGAAUGGACAUGCAAAUAUUGCAGACAUCCUUCAGCGGACGAACGAAGCAACCUUAAUGAUGGCAAACGCACAGAAUUCUAUGGUGCAUAUGAAUGUGUCUGAACCAGGUGCCAUGAAGUGAAACAGCUGAGGAGAUGAACCAAAGGAGGCCAGUGCUCAAGCAAUGCAUUUUAGGAGAUGUUGCAAUUUCCUUCCUGGGGAAAUCUGUCUGUGAAAUUUUAUCAUUCUGUCCAUGUUUGUGUUAUUAUUUUGGGAGUGUGUCCUUAUCAACUUGUUUCAGAGUAUAAUACGCAAGUAGUUGGAUGACUUUGAUAUUUAUUGUUGUUGUGGAAUAAUGUUAUGCUUGUUACACACUGGCUGGUAACCAGGGUCCAUGAAAAGAGUUUCACGCAUCAGAUUCUUCAUGUUAUCUGGGCUGGGUUGUUCAAAACCAUGUUAGAGGAGAACUUAAAAAGCACAAAAACAGUCAACUGUAAUGCUUAAUCACCAUUACAAAGCAAUAUGAAGUCUACUGCGAAUUGAAAAUGAGCAAAUUCGCCAACUUUUAGUAUCACCAUGAUUUCACAAUUUAUCUAAUUCCCUGAAAAGAUUUUUCUCUAAUACUGUACAGAUUUAUCUCUUGAGGGAUAAGAACAUAAGCAGCUUGGAUUGUUUAUUUUCAUUAUCAGGUCAGUAUAUACCGCAGCCUUGCCAGUUGGAAAACAUAGGCAAACUCUCCAUCAUAGAAUCUAAGAUGGAUGAUAAUCAUGUGGUUUGUUUUAGUCAUCAUAGAUUCUACCUUUGGCCAUCGUAGAUUCUACCUUUGGCCAUCGUAGAUUCUACCUUUGGCCAUCGUAGAUUCUACCUUUGGCCAUCGUAGAUUCUACCUUUGGCCAUCGUAGAUUCUACCUUUGGCCAUCGUAGAUUCUACCUUUGGCCAUCGUAGGUUCUACCUUCGGCCAUCGUAGAUUCUACCUUCGGCCAUCGUAGGUUCUACCUUUGGCCAUCGUAGGUUCCACCUUUGGCCAUCGUAGAUUCCACCUUUGGCCAUCGUAGAUUCUACCUUUGGCCAUCGUAGAUUCUACCUUUGGCCAUCGUAGGUUCUACCUUUGGCCAUCGUAGGUUCCACCUUUGGCCAUCGUAGGUUCCACCUUUGGCCAUCGUAGAUUCCACCUUUGGCCAUCGUAGAUUCCACCUUUGGCCAUCGUAGAUUCCACCUUUGGCCAUCGUAGAUUCCACCUUUGGCCAUCGUAGAUUCCACCUUUGGCCAUCGUAGAUUCCACCUUUGGCCAUCGUAGAUUCUACCUUUGGCCAUCGUAGAUUCCACCUUUGGCCAUCGUAGAUUCCACCUUUGGCCAUCGUAGAUUCCACCUUUGGCCAUCGUAGAUUCUACCUUUGGCCAUCGUAGAUUCUACCUUUGGCCAUCAUAGAUUCUAUGAUCAACCUUUGCCCAAAUAAGAGACGUCAGAACCAAACAAAAAGUUAAUGUUACUGGAAAGGAAUGUACACUGCUUCCAAAUGUCUUAGAUAAUAGUAAGUAUAGAUUAAUAAGCCACAUUAAUCCAUACUUGAUGAUAGGAGCAUAAGACAUGUACAUGUAUAUAGAUAUUUAGGGAUGUUUUUAAAUCUGAAUACAGUAAACCUUGCAUGAAUUGGACUCUAAUCAACAGGGCCAGCAUUUUUGUCUGUUGUGAAUGAAAUCUGCUAGACUUGACUUGGGUCUCAAAAGACCUGUCAAUUAUAUGGGAGGAUCCGGUUUAUGCGAGUCGGGCAUAUGCAAGGUUUACACUGUACCAAAUUGUAUUUUGUAAUAUUCUUUGUUGUUGUACAAUGUCUCUAUUGUAAAGUUUUUCAGGAAUGUCUACAUGUAUUCUUUGAGUUUUAAACUUGUAGAUAGUAUGUUUCAUGUACUGCGAGGAAUAGUGUUGAUCUCUUCAAUUUUGGCGUCAAGAAGGGCAUGUACCUAGUUCUUGUCUGCCCUUAACAAUGGUUGUUUCAGAGUUUUUGUGUAGAUAGCGCAGUAGAUAUGCAUCCGAAAAUACAGACAAAGCAUCUGUAGAAUAAGUAGAAAACAAUUUUCAAUGCAUCAAUGAACUGUCCUCUAAACAGGAACUUAGCCCAGUUUUAUCUGGAGAUACUCCCCCUUUAAUUGGUGGAAGUAUUGGGGGCUGAGGGAUGGAUCAAGCUUGGCCCCAAGUUUAAAACAAGAUAGCUGGGGCAAAACGCAUAAGAUUUUCAUCAAAAUUCCUGAUGAAAAUAAUUUUUGCCAAAACAUUACAUCAGCCAAAUCAUGUUCUGUGUAAUAGCGUUCGACUAAGCUGAUGAUAAUGAAUAGGGUAAGCAUUUGUGAGUAUUCUAGAGCUUCUUUUGUACUUAUUUUCAUUUGAUGAACUUGGUGUACCAAAACAAAAUGAAAACUUUGUAAAUUUUACACUUUGUAAAUGGCAUUACAUGUAACUUAUGUGUUGGAAUGAGUGGGCACAGAGUUGGUGCCGUCACAAGUUGAGCAUAUUCAUCUGUAUAGGAAUAGUGUAACUAUGUACAGUGACAAUAGAGAGUUAAAGAGAUUGUCACAUUGCAUUAAUGUUGACACGUGUUUCCUUUCUGCUGAUGAGAAGAAAAAUGGUUUGAUCCUUUCUUACCGUUGGCGUGACGAUCUCUUAAAAUCUCCUUGACCUCAACUACUGUAUUUGCUCUGUGUAGAUGAGUGGGAAAUGUAAAAUUGUCUCGUUUUAAAGAUAUUAGUUUCAUUUAAAGAGACUAAUCGGUAAGAUUUUGGUAUAAAAUAUAUGUUUUAGUGAAAGACAGUUGUGUUCAUCAUAGUUCUGUUCCUUUUGUUUUCACAACUUUUCCAGGAUGUGUUUAAUUUUGUAACAAGGUUGUGCCAGUUUUGGCCUUGUAAAUUUUUCCGUGGGGGUUACUGUGAAAAUUUGAAAGUCAAAUUCAGAAGUGUAGAAGUUCGAUUUUAUGUCUCAAUAUCAAUAACAACUCCCAGAUUCUGUAAAAAUUCCAAAAACUUCUGACCUUGGUACAGCCUUGAAUUGAAGAGAAGAUGGUGCUAUAACUAAUGAAUUGACAAGAUCAGUUUCCUCUCAUCUACAUGGAGUUUGUUUAUACAAAGCGGAUUUUUAUGAAAUAAUAAAAAUACCAUGAUCUUA